CAAAACAACAAAGUUCCCGCUUUCUCAAUUCUUUACUUCACCCUCACAUCCUUCCUCUCUUCAUUCUCGAUUCAUUUCCUACACCAAACCCUAGCUUUGUCACCAGACCAAAUCAAGCAAAUGGGGGUUCCAAUUGAUCCGACUCCGACUCCGACUCCGAGUGCGACUCCGACCAUGGAGUCAGAGUCGACUCAGAACGGCCAUUCGAAAACUCCCAGACUAUUCAUCAGCAAAAUGGAAAUGGAGAACUUCAAAUCUUAUGCUGGGAAACAAAUCGUCGGUCCUUUUCACAAGAGCUUUUCGGCUGUGGUUGGUCCAAACGGCAGUGGUAAAAGCAAUGUUAUUGAUGCUAUGCUUUUCGUAUUUGGCAAGAGAGCCAAGCAGAUGCGGCUUAAUAAAGUAUCGGAGCUCAUUCAUAAUUCUACUAAUCACCAGAAUCUGGACUGCGCUAGUGUCACAGUUUACUUUCAAGAAAUUAUUGAUUUGGAGGGCGAGAUGUAUGAAGUAGUUCCUGGAAGUGAAUUUAGUGUCACUCGGAAGGCGUAUCGUACCGAAAAAGUUGAAUAUUUUAUAAAUAAUCACUCAAGUACUUAUACUCUAGUUACAAAAAAGUUGAAAGAGAAAGGAGUAGACUUGGACAACAACCGGUUUUUAAUCCUACAGGGAGAAGUUGAGCAGAUAUCACUAAUGAAGCCAAAGGCGCAAGGUCCACAUGAUUUGGGUUUUCUUGAAUAUAUUGAAGAUAUAAUCGGAACCAAUAAAUAUGUGGAACCAAUUGAAGAAUUGUCGAAAGAGCUAGAAACUCUUACGGAGAAAAGGACUGGAGUUGUGGAGAUGGUAAAAUUAGCAGAGAAAGAAAGAAAUAGCUUGGAGGAUGUAAAGAAUGAAGCAGAGGCUUACAUGCUUAAGGAGUGGUCGCUUUUAAAAUGGAAAGAUAAAGCCACAAAUCUGGCUUCCGAGGAAAAUUCUGCUCAAAUGGGGGAACUACAAGCAAAACUUUCUCAAUUUGAAGAAAAUCUUAAAAGUGAAAGGGAAAUGAUUAAAGAAAAUAAGAAUAAACUGAAGAAGCUUGAGGUGAUGCACUCAGAGAAAAUGAAGUUCCAAGAGGAACUUGACAGUGAUCUUAAGCACUGUAGGGAUGAGUUUAAGGAGUUUGAAAGGCUGGACGUAAAACAUCGUGAAGAUUUCAAGCAUGUGAAACAAAAGAUUAAAAAACUUGAUGAUAAACUCGAGAAGGAUUCCGUAAAGAUCACUGAAAUUGAGAAAGAGUCCGAGGAGUCAACUAAUUUGAUUCCACAACUCGAAGGAGAUAUACCUAAACUGCAAAAGCUUCUAUCAGAUGAAGAGAGUCUCCUGGAAGAAAUCAAGGAAAACGCAAAAGUGGAAACUGAGAUAUACCGCAGUGAGCUCACAAAGGUCCGUGCUGAGCUGGAGCCUUGGGAAAAGCAAUUGAUUGAACACAAGGGAAAGCUCGAUGUUGCAUCCAAUGAGAGCAAACUAUUAAAUGAUAAGCAUGAGGCUGGUCGUGCUGCUUAUGAGGAUGCCAAAAGACAGUUGUGUGACAUACACGAAAAUAUUGAAACAAAGACUGCAAGCUUAAAAGAAAUUCAAAGUGAGUUGGAGAAAAGCAAGCUUCAGGUUCUGGAACAACGUAAAGUGGAGCAGGAUUGCCUUAAAGAGCAAGAUCAACUGAUUCCUCUUGAACAGUCUGCAAGACAAAAAGUCACAGAGCUCGUAUCUGUUAUGGAAUCUGAAAAGAGUCAGGGAUCAGUGUUAAAAGCAAUAAUGCAGGCUAAAGAGUCGAAUGAAAUUUCGGGUAUCUAUGGACGAAUGGGUGAUCUCGGUGCUAUAGAUGGAAAAUAUGAUGUUGCCAUCUCAACAGCAUGCCCUGGACUUGAUUAUGUUGUUGUAGAAACAACUGCUGCAGCACAGGCAUGUGUGGAAUUACUUCGAAGGAAGAAUCUUGGUGUAGCAACCUUCAUGAUCUUGGAAAAACAAGUUAAUCAUCUAUCUAGAAUAAAUGAAAAAGUAAAGACUCCUGAGGGUGUACCGCGCCUUUUUGAUUUGAUCACGGUCAAGGAUGAGAGAAUUAAACUUGCUUUCUUUGCAGCCAUGGGAAAUACAGUUGUAGCGAAAGAUAUUGACCAGGCAACACGUAUUGCGUAUGGUGGGGACAGGGAAUUUCGCCGGGUUGUGACAUUGGAAGGUGCCCUUUUUGAAAAAUCUGGUACAAUGAGCGGUGGAGGAGGCAAACCGCGUGGUGGUAAGAUGGGGACAUCUAUCCGGGUCUCCAGUGUUUCCCGAGAGGCUGUUACCGAUGCUGAAAAGGAGCUCUCAUUGGUUCUUGGCAAAUUAGAUAUGAUACGACAAAAAAUUAAUGAUGCAGCACGUAGUUACCAGUCUUCGGAAAAAGCAAUAUCACAUCUUGAAAUGGACCUAGCAAAGUGUCAAAAGGAGGUUGACAGUCUGAAAUCACAACAUGCUUAUCUUGAAAAACAACUUGACUCUCUAAAGGAUGCAUCAAAGCCAAGUAAUGAUGAGCUUGAAGCCCUGAAAAAACUUACCCGGAUUAUCUCUGGAGAAGAAAAUGAAAUUGCUAGGAUCACAGAAAGUUCUAAGAAUCUGAAAGAAAAGGCUUCGGAGUUACAAAAUAAAAUAGAGAAUGCAGGUGGUGAAAAAUUAAAAGGCCAGAUAUUGAAAGUUAAAAAUAUUCAGUCUGAUAUUGACACAAAGAGCACAGAAAUUAACCGUCACAAAGUUCAAAUAGAAACAGGGAAAAAGAUGAUUAAGAAAUUAACGAAGGGCAUUGAGGAUUCAAAAACAGAGAGAGAGCGGAUUUCUUUAGAAAAGGAGAAGCUGCUUGCCAACUUCAAGGAGAUAGAACAGAAAGCGUUUGCCGUCCAGGAAAACUAUAAGAAGACACAAGAGCGCAUUGAUCAACAUAAAGAUGGGCUUGAGAAAGCAAAGUCUGAGUAUGAAGAGUUAAAAAAGACCGUUGAUGAGUUGCGGGCAUCUGAGGUUGAUGCUGACUACAAGCUGAAGGAUAUGAAGAAGCUGUACAAGGAUCUGGAAAUAAAGGGAAAAGGAUACAGUAAACAGAUUGAUGACUUGGAAAAUGCUACUAGAAACCAAUUGGAACAGAUUAAGAAAGAUCUUGUAGAUCCUGAAAAGCUUCAAGAAACUCUGGCAGAUGCAAGUCUUCAUGAAGCCUGUGACCUUAAAAGAGGCAUGGAAAUGGUUGUGCUUCUAGAAUCACAACUUAAAGAGAUGAAUCCAAAUCUUGAGUCCAUCUCGGAGUAUCGAAAGAAAGUGUCCUUGUACAAUGAACGCGUGGAAGAGCUUGAUUCUAUUACUCAGCAACGUGAUGAGGUUAAGGAGCGACAUGAUGAAUUGAGGAAGAAGAGGUUGGAUGAGUUUAUGGCUGGAUAUAAUGCAAUAUCACUGAAGUUAAAAGAAAUGUAUCAGAUGAUCACGCUAGGAGGUGAUGCAGAACUUGAGCUUGUGGACUCUUUAGAUCCCUUCUCUGAAGGGAUUGUUUUUAGUGUCAGACCCCCUAAAAAGAGCUGGAAAUGCAUAGGAAACUUAUCUGGUGGAGAAAAGACUCUAAGCUCCCUCGCUCUUGUUUUUGCCCUUCACCAUUACAAACCUACACCGCUCUAUGUUAUGGAUGAAAUUGAUGCUGCUUUAGAUUUUAAAAACGUUUCUAUUGUGGGGCAUUAUGUUAAAGACAGAACAAAAAAUGCCCAAUUUGUAAUCAUAAGCCUCAGGAACAACAUGUUUGAGCUGGCAGACCGUCUUGUGGGGAUAUACAAAACUGAUAAUUGCACCAAGAGCAUCACUAUCAAUCCAACAAGUUUUGGGAUUUGUCAAAAAUCCGCAUAAGGAGUUUUAUGGGAUGCGCCAAAGCAUGGACGAGUUGUAAAAGGUGUUGUCGUUUAGAAGUUAUACAAUGUAUCAUUGUAUUUUUAUCUCAAAGUUGGUGUAAUUUGUUUUGAAUUAGAGCUGGUUACAAAGUAGUUUUAUCAUAUUUGUAGUUAUAACAUUAGAAGAUACCAGCUUCGGCGGAUGUUUAACUAAAUGUUCUAAAUCUAUUAUUUAUAAAAAAUAUAGUGUUUGUGUUUGAUUA